UGGAUUGAAUUGUUCUGCUGAAAUUCUUUAAGCAAAACAUAUCAUGUUCUAAGGAUGGUUCUCUAGGUCCAUUAAACUCCAGGAAACCGAUUCAUUGUCCAAACAUGAUUUAUGGAGGCUUCCAUUUCCAUGUUCUCUAGCAAAAUCACCGCAUUACAGCUGAUUCAGAAUGGCCAUUAUGCUGACUUUUUCUACAAUCACAAUCAACAUUGCCUUGAGUUCAGAUAGCUUGAAAGAACUAAAGAUGUCAAUUUGCAUGAAGAAGCUACAGAACAAUUUGACAACCAUUCUAGGGAUAAUUAUCACGUGUCUUGGCGUUGGAUAGGCCAGUACAACAUACAAUUAAUGAGCGAUUCUGAAGUUAGGGAUACACUUUCUUUGCAGUUUCCACCUUUAUCCAUUUUUAUAUAUCAUACAAGAUUGUUCUUAGUUACAAAUUUAAAACCCAUUUUUGAAGGUAAUGUUUUGUGAAUUAAAAUAUGUGUACUAUCGAAAAACUUAAGUUAUUAUUUUAUGAAAAAAAAAAAAAAAAAUAGAGCUCCAUUGGAAGCAUCCAAACCAUGGGCCUUCUACUUUGAAUUAAUCCUGAUUUUGAAAUGUUCAAAAAGGCCAUAAUGGGCGUCAUUUCGUUUUCUUGGUGACAAAGGUAAAAAUUUUCACGCUUAGUUGGUUAUAUAUUUGUUAGUUUGUUUUUUUUUUUUUUUUUUUUUUUUUUGCCAAUCCCUUCUCUAAGAAAACCACACAAAUUUAACACCACCGGUAUAACCAUGCUAACUAUAGUAAAAAAGAAACCAAAAUACCAAAAAAACAAAAAAUCAUAACCACAAAAUUAACAAUAAUCAAAACUCAGAACCCCAUAUCUUACCACUCUCUUUUCUCUCAUGCAUGGCUGCCAAUUUUUUGUGUUUGAUCUUCUUCAUCAUCCACUUUUCAAUUCAGGUAGCUCAUGCAGACCCACGUUUGGACGUGGUAGCGCGCUCAUGCAGCCAUACGAAAGCACACAACGCAUCAAUGUACGUGGAUACAUAUUGGAAGAUAAUGGCGAGCAUGGAAGAAGAUAUAAAGCGCAAUAAGUUUUCGUUUGAAGAAGUGGGUGAGGGACCUAACCGACUCCAUGUGUUUGCGCAGUGCAUGGCUGAUCUUUCCGGUGAUGAAUGUGAAGAAUGCUUCAACCAUGUGAAGACCCUUUUCGCUAGUUGCUUUCCUUCCAUAGGUGGUCGGGUUUAUGCUGAUGGGUGCUUUAUCAGGGUAGAGAAUUAUAGUUUCUAUGAAGAAACUGUUGGACCUGAUGCUUUGAAGAGAUGCAGUAAUAGUUUUGACAGAAGUCAAAUAUUCAAGGACACGGCAAAGGAUUUAGUCUAUAAGAUAGCAAAACAAGCACCAGAUAGUCGAGGAUUUGCAGUAGAGCGUCAGAAAUUGCCUGCGGGUUCAUCAGUCUAUGCUAUGGCUAAUUGCUGGAAAACUAUGGACCAUAAUAUGUGUUCUUCCUGCCUGGUAAAUGCAGCCAUGGUUUCCUUAUCUUGCCUACCAUCAACAGAUAGCCGUGUGAUGAAUGCGGGCUGCUUUAUUCGUUACUCUGAUUAUGACUUCACCAAUGGCCCUGAUUCUGAUGCAGCUGUAGAUACCAUAUUUUCAUAUGUCUCAUAUGCUCUCGGUGCCAUUGCUUCCUGUGCUUUGGUGAUUGUAAUUGGAUUCUGUGCUGGUAGAACUGUAUACAGACGAAAGAAUCACAAAAGAAGAGUAAAAGGAAAGGAACCGUUCUUAUCAGAUUCAAACAGAAGCUUGCAGAUCUUGCAGUUUCAGUUCUCAACCUUAGAAAAAGCAACUGACAGCUUUGAUCAAGCCCACAAGCUUGGUCAUGGAGGAAAUGGUGAAGUGUUUAAGGGAACCUUAGCUGAUGGUAGAGAAAUCGCGAUUAAACGAUUAUACAUAAGAGGAAGAGCUAAUACAAACGAGGUUUACAAUGAAAUGGAUAUCAUUAGCAGAGCCCAACAUAAGAACUUGGUUCGUUUCCUGGGUUGCUGCUUCACCAAUACAGACAGCUUCCUUGUCUAUGAAUUCCUUGCAAACAGAAGCCUUGACAGUAUCCUAUUUGACCCAGAGAAGAAGACGGAACUAGAUUGGAAUAGAAGGCUUGGAAUAAUCAUUGGAACAGCCGAAGGUUUGGAGUACCUCCACAAAGGCUGUCAAUUUCGGAUAAUUCAUAGAGACAUCAAAGCAAGCAACAUUCUAUUAGACUUGAAACAUAAACCAAAAAUUGCUGAUUUUGGCCUAGCAAGGUUUUAUUCAUGUGACAAAAGCCUCAUCAGCACUGCCAUUGUCGGCACAUUAGGUUACAUGGCUCCUGAAUACCUUGCUCAAGGAAGACUAACUGAAAAAGUAGAUGUCUAUAGCUUUGGGGUUCUGGUGCUUGAAAUAGUCAGCGGUGUGAAGAAUAGUGAAUUUCAUCCUACAGAAACAUUUGAGACUCUUGUUAUUAAUGCUUGGAAGCACUUCCAAUCAAAUACAGUAUUUGAGAUUAUAGAUGAAAGCAUAAUGAUGGAAGACGUUGGAGAAAUCACAAGAGUUGUUCAGGUGGGUCUUUUGUGUACUCAAGAAUCACCAUCUUUACGUCCUAGCAUGACAACAGUAAUUCAAAUGCUUAAAGAAAAGGAUUUCCAUUUGCCAGUGCCAUCCAAGCCUCCUUUCGCGGAUGAAUGUGCAAGAUUAUCUUCAUCAUUUGACUCUUCAUGUCAUCAUAGACAAACUUCUUGUUUAUCUGAUUUAUGUACAUUCCACAGUUUUAAAAAAUGUGACCCUGAAUAAUUCCUCUUUGAUUUUCAUUAGGCUUUCCUUCUCUCCCUUUCCCUCUUUUUUUUUGGGAUCAUU